CCAGUCGCUGUUUUCAAUCUCAGUUGCGGAGGGGCGCAGCCCACCAUCCCAUGCGGGUACCCAACCGGCAAUCUUGUUAAGAGCUUGUGCUCUAACCAACUGAGCCAUCCAGCCACCCAGGCUUUAGGGUUAUUUUAAUCGGGCAUCUAUAAGGACACAUAUUUCUGGGGUCCUCUAUGGGCAGCAGCUCACAAACGAGGCCUCUGACCUGUCCCUGCUUUGCUCCUUCUCACCCGGUUGGUCACUGCUGAGGCUCCUUCAGUUAUUCAGUAUCGGGGCUGGACUACUGCUCAUAUCCAUUGUGAGAAAAGGAACUGAUUCAGUGUGUGCUAUACAGCGUUAGUCCCCUUCACGAUUUUUUGUUCUCUGGAUCAAAAGACCAGUGCCAGUUUGGAUGUGCCUGCAGCUGUGCUGUCCGGGAAACUGGACAUUCUGAUGGACACCAGAGGCCCAUGCUGUCAGCCUGAGAGUGGAGAAUGAACCAGCUUGUUUCUGGGCAAUGGGGAUGGGUAAGCCUGUGGUGACCCACGUUUCCAGGUACAUCAGCCAGCACCUCCUCCCUGCCCCAAUUUCUCUUUCCCAGGUUCUGCAAGGGAGCGUAGAGUGACCACAGUCAUUCUUGCGCCAGAAACUGCUGUGAUUUUGUUACAUUUUGGAGGCAAAGAUGCCUGGGAAAAGGCGCCUAAAUGCACUGGUUAUCCUGAGUGCCAAAAGGGAACGGAAAUCAAUUACCCUCGACAUAAAAUUAGAAGUGUUAAGAAGAUUUGAAGUGGGUGAAAAACUCAGCCAAAUCGCAAAGGCCUUAGGCCUUGCUGUCUCCACGGUGGCGACAAUCCGAGAUAAUAAAGAAAAAAUCAAAGCGAGUUCACAAAUAGCUACUCCCUUAAGAGCCUCUCGGUUGACUCGCCAUCGAAGUGCAGUCAUGGAGACUAUGGAGCGAUUGUUGCAGGUGUGGCUUGAAGACCAGAGCCAGCGAAACAUGCCCCUGAGUGUCACCAUUAUUCAGGAGAAGGCUAAGAGUUUGUUUGAUGACUUACAGCGUGAACAAGGUGAAAGCUCUCACAAGGAAAAGUUUAGUGCAAGUAAAGGGUGGUUUGUGAGAUUCAAGGAGCGCCAUUGUUUGCCGCGCUUCAAGAUGAACAGCACAGCUCCUGGCAACAAGGACGCGUAUCCAGAAGUACUGAAAAGCAUAAUCAGAGACGGUGAGUACACCCCCCAACAAGUUUUUAACGUAGAUGAGACAGGGCUGUAUUGGAAGAGAAUGCCUGAAGGAACGUUUAUUUCUGUAGAAGAAAAAGCUGAGCCAGGGUUUAAAUCAUCCAAAGAUCGUUUGAUGCUGCUUCUUGGUGGCAACGCAGCUGGCGACUUUAAGUUGAAGCCUUUACUAGUUUACCACUCAGAAAACCCCAGGGCCCUGAAGGGAUACUCCAAGCCCAAUUUGCCUGUGAUUUGGCGCUCAAACAAAAAGUCCUGGGCAACCAGGAGCAUUUUUCAUGAGUGGUUCACAUACUUUUUUGGCCCUGCCGUUGAAAAACACUGUGCCCAAAAUAACCUAACGAACAAAGCAUUGCUUGUUUAGACAACGCACCGUGCCACCCACUAAAUUUGAGCGGUCUGUCUGAUAAUGUAAGAGUGGAAUAGCUUCAUGACAGUAUGGCUGAGUUCAUCCAGCCCAUGGGCCAAGGUAUAGCCUCCACCUUUAAAGCUCAUUAUCUAAGAAGGACUUUUGAGCACCUUCUAGAAGCGACAGAUGGGGAGGAUGCGGCUGUGAUCGGGGAGUUUUGGAGAAGCUGCAGCAUCGUGGAUGCCGUGGACAACAUUGCAAUAGCUUGGGAGGCU